AGUCCUUCCAGAGCAGAAACUAUCUGCCUUCUGCAUAAAGAAAAGAGAACUGGAACUCAGCACGGAAGCUCUAUCCAUCACAAAGGAGCUCAUCGGAAUACCCAAAUCUCGACCAUGGCGAGGCCUGAUCAGGACGAAGUGCUGACCUUCAUGAGCAUCACCGGCCUGCCUGAAUCUGCCGCCCUCCAGAAGCUCGAGGAGCAUAAUGGCAAUCUCAAUGAAGCUUUGAAUGCUCAUUUCAGUGAAGGAGAUAGAAAUCAAGUGAGUGCAAGACCUGCUCCACCAGAUGAUUUCAUGGAUAUUGAUGAUCAAGUUCAAGCUGAACCUCGGGAUCCCCCACUUUCACUUCACUCAGCAGCCGGAGACAGUUUGAAUCCAAUUUAUCUUGAAAGCCUCACGAAGAGAUACUUUGACGAAGUUUCAAAUUUUGGUAACCAUGCUCCUUUUGUUUCACAUCCUCGGGAAGUUAGGGAGAUCCCAAUUGAGGUUAAGGAUGGGUCUGGAGCAUCUGGUAAUUCUGGCCAUGGUCCUGUCAUUGAGGAUGUCACUGGAAGCGACAAUGAUCACGGCCCAAGUGUCCGUGGAACCGUCAUAGUUGAUGAGGAAGAUGAUGAUAUUCCUCCAAUAUCAACUGCUCAUGUGGCACAGUCGAAUGAGAGAGAAGAGAUCUCAUUUCAGGAUGGAAAUGUGCGACCGAGUGCUCCUGUUUAUGAUAACUCAUCAGACUUCAAUUAUGUGGAAGAAGAAAUGAUUCGGGCUGCUAUCGAGGCAUCUAAACGGGACAUUGAGGGAAGCCCCCGUGCGAAUAGUCAGGAGUUUAGGGAUCCUGGCAUUCAGCGAAGGCCAUCUCGUCUUGAGGAUGCUGAGCUUGUUCAGGCAGUUUCGUUAUCCUUGAAGGAAAAUGCAUCGUGUGAGAGGGCGAGCGAUUCUGGAUCAUUGAAAGUAGCAGAAGUCGAGCUGGGAAAAGCACCAUCAUCUAAUGGGCGGCUGGAGAUGGGAGGCUCAUCCACCCAGGAUGAAGUUGAAGAGAUUGAGCAGCCUCUCAUUAGGCAUCGGUCACGACGCUCGUCUUCUCGAGCUGUGGAACCUCUCCAAGAAAUUGAGGGUAGCCCACCAUCUCCAGGGCAGAAUGAUGCUAAUAAUCAUCCCCAAAACAAUGGAAAUGUCUUCCCCACUGAUGAGUGGGGAGGCAUAUCUUCAGAGGAACAUGAUGAAGCUGUUAUGCUUGAGGCUGCAAUGUUUGGAGGAAUUCCUGAGGGGACGGGUUAUAAUUUUGCAUAUGCACCUCAUCAGUUCAUGCAAGCCCAAGGUCGCUAUCCUAGGCCAGCACCUCGUCCUCCAUCGCCCUCUCUGGAAGCUCAGCGCUUGAUAAGAGAGCAGCAGGAUGAUGAGUAUCUCGCAGCUCUGCAAGCUGACCGAGAAAAGGAGCUGAAAGCAAAGGCCGAAGCCGAAGCUCGCCGUGUCGAGGAGGAAGCGGCUAAAAGAGCUGCUCUUGAAGAGGAGAGGAGAAAAGAAGAAGAAGCACGCAGAAGGUUGGAGGAGGAACAGGAAUUUGAGAGACAAUUGGCUGCAAAAGAAGCUUCCCUGCCUCAGGAGCCAUCGUCCAGUGAUGAAAAUGCUAUUACGCUUCUGGUUAGGAUGCCAGAUGGCAGUCGUCGAGGCCGUCGAUUUCUGAAGUCUGACAAGCUGGAGAGCCUCUUUGACUUCAUAGACAUCGGGAGAGCUGUCAAACCCGGAACUUACAGAGUGGUGAGGCCUUAUCCUAGGAGGGCAUUCUCCGACGGGGAGGGUUCCCUGACGUUGAAUGAUCUCGGGCUUGCAAGCAAGCAAGAAGCUCUGUUUCUGGAGCUGAUAUAGUGUAGUCAUUGGUAUCGUACCUGUGGUUAUUACUUUGAAGAAGAAGAGAUAUUUAGGUAACUUGAAGAAACGAAAGGAAGAAAAGGGAAAGGGGUGGAAGUUAUACAGUAUUACGCGUUAUUUAUUUGGGUUUUGUGCUGUUUCGAUGUGAAUGGGAUGAAUGUUGGAGCUUGGAACUGUCUCAAGUCCAGCAUUUGACAUUUCGAUUAAUUGGAGAAUUGGUUUCCUCCACAUUUCCAAGCUAUGUAUUUGUUUGAGAUGUUUGCCUACUA